AUGUCGAUUAUCCAGCAACAAAGCAACGCAACAAUCUCUGACAACUGGCGUACCAUUAAUAUUGACCUUCUCGAUCCAGAGUCUUCAACAAAUUUUGACGCCUCAAGUCUACAGCCAACAUUUGCGCCCGUCUCAGAGGCUGAAAUUCGCGUUAUUGGCCAGCAAGUGCGUCAGCUAUUACGAGGUGGUGACGCAGAGGGUGCACUAAGAAGUGCCAUUGAGUGCGCCCCAUAUGGUGCUGAAUUGGCCGUUAAAGAACACCACUAUUCGACAGUAUUUGAUGUUCUGCAAAGCAUAAAAGCAAGUGAGAUGGCACCCUUAGUGAAGAAGCUGUAUGAAGGAGAGGGCGGUGUCGAGAUGCUGGAUGUUCUGACUAAGUAUCUUUACAAAGGCAUGGCAGCUUCGAGCUUGAUAAAAAAUAGUAACAACCCCCAACGUAGGCCGACGAUAACGCCGCAAACUACGGGAAGACACACAAGCUCCAGCGAAAGUGGUGGUGCUGCGAUGAGUGUUCUACUUUCAUGGCACGAGAAGGUUAUAGAAAUAGCGGGCUUGGGAUGUAUUUCACGAUGUAUGACAGAUGGAAAAAGUGUCUAG